ACUCACAUCUCUAAUUCACCCCGCAAUGGCAGGCAAAUUCGAUGCGAACAAUGCCCAGAAUCUCGUCGAGAUCGAGAAACAGUUCGCAGUGAAAGCCGUAGAACAAGCCCAGACGUAUUGGAAUCUUUUGGAGAUUAUGAAUCCGCGCGAUUUGAAGUUGACAAAACUAGACGACGAAAUCUACGCACACGCCCAAUCCUCGUUCCCAGAACUCUUCGUCCCGCCAUACGACAAACUCAUCAAGCUAGAUGAAGAGUGGAUGAAGUCUCCACAGGGAAAGGAACGGUGGCGCGUUUUUAUUGAGUCGUACAAAGACAAAAUCCAAGACUACAACUUUGGUUCUCUCAUCCGUACGAACGCGGAGGACGAGUAUGGGGAGACGAAUACGAUUUUUGUUACACGGAUACAGUUUUACGCUUUUGAGAUCGCACGCAACAAACUAGGACUCAACGAAAAGGCGCACGAGAUCGCCAAAGCUGACGCUGCCAAGGAGAAGGCGAAGAAGGAGAAAGAGGCGAAGGGUAAGAAGGGGGGAAAGUCGUAG